AUGGCUACCGGAACCAGCGCCUGCCUCUAUCUACGGAAAAUCAGUCAGCCUCAUCUUCUCGCUCGAAAUGAAUCUCGCCUCGGCAUCGUGGGCCUGGGAUUGCGCCAGAUGAGAUUGCGACAAUCCACCGGGCGAACGAUACACACAACGCGCGGGGCUACUGUACCACUCCGACCUUCCCUCAGACCUAGACCAGCUGGUGCGAGGGUUAUCACACGUCAUAACACACACGAUCACGGCGUCGAUGGCGGCUUCGUGGGUAGUGGCCUCCUGAUGGGGUUCGGUGAUGAAGUAUCAAGGAAAGCAGUUCUUGAAGCGAAUAUCGGUAGAGGUGAUAAUGAAGUGGAUGAUUCAUUACCAGCCGAGAAUGACGCGGUCAACCAGGAGAAUGAUUUUGACGAUGUUUUCAAUCGGCUCGUUAAGACUGACCUCGUCAGCGAAACAGUCAAGGUGGUUGAUUUACGUCAUAAACGCCACUUGCAGAACUACAUUUGCACGGUUGACUUGAAUGGUAAACGGAAGACCCUGAGGAGGACUUACCCGACAUAUUCACCCUCGGAAGCAUUAGCCCAGGGGCGUAAAUUUGUUGUUGGACGUCUCCAGAAAACUGGCCUUUGGGAGAAAUUGGAAGGGCUCCUCUCCAUGCUGGAAUCUGGAGAUGAGGGGUUCAGCCGAUCUUUGAAACAGGUUAAUGCAUUUGCACAGAGCCAACUCCCAUCAAGCGUUGUUUCCCUGAGGGUCCAAGAUGAUUUGAUGUGUGUACUUGACGAGGAGGCUAUGAAUGACUUGGACCUGGCCAACACGCGGGCCCGAGACCUGAUCGACCUCCGAAAGAAAAAUUCGCGUGAACACUCAAACCUCAUUCAACCCAUCAGCCGCAAAGCUAGGAGACACAGGAACCAACAAUUGGAAGCCAGCAAAUUUAGAGCCAACACCAGCAACGACCCCUCAUACCGUGCCCUUCGCCAUAAGGUGAGGCAAUUACCCGUGCGACAACGCGGGAAAGAAGUGGUGAAUCUCAUCAACAGCAAUGCUUUUAGUCUCUGUGUGGCAGAGACAGGAUCUGGAAAGUCAACGCAGGUCCCGCAGCUCCUCCUAGAAGACGCCAUUUCCAGAUCAGAGGGCGCUUAUUGCAAGAUUCUGUGUGUUCAGCCGAGGCGGGUGGCUGCGAGAGGAUUGAGUCUCCGAGUUGCCCACGAAAGACAUGAAUACAUCGGUAACUCUGUUGGUUACAGCGUACGGUUUGACAGCAAGCCCCCAAAAAACAGUGGGUCCAUUCAGUUUUGUACCACGGGAAUCUUGAUGAAUAUGCUAAAGGAUGGCCCUGAGACCUUUGCCUCGUUCUCCCAUAUUGUGCUCGACGAGGUUCAUACCCGUGACGUUCAGCUUGAUCUGGCCGUGAUGGUCCUGAGACGCAUGAUUGAGCAACGCAUGAGUCGUGGGGAGUCUGUUCCCAAGGUUGUUUUGAUGAGUGCAACUGUCGAUGUCGAACUUUUUGCUUCCUACUUCACUAUCAAAGCACCGGACGGGACGGCAUUACCUGUUCCUCACAUUGAAAUUCCUGGGCGCAGCUUUGAAAUAAAGAAGCAUUAUCUCGAAGAAGUGGUCCAUGGUGUAUCUCAUACCUUGCGGCCAGAAAUCCUUACAAUUCUUCUUCAAGAACAUGGACCGACUGCCAAUUUUUUGAACAAUCACUUCAAAGCGCUGGAUCAGCCCGAGGAAAGUGGUGUCUUCUUUCCCAGCGAAUCCCCCAGCGAGCUGGAAGAAAGCAAUGUAGCUACUGGUUUGAUCACUGCACACAUCUUGUCCAUUCUGUCUCAAGACAAGGAGGGGUCAAUUCUUGCAUUUGCUCCCGGUAUGAAACAUUUGGAAGAAAUAUCCUCGCAAUUGCAAGCCGUGGGUCCUCGGUUAGGUUUGAAUUUCGAUGACACAGAUCGAUUCAAGAUCAUCAUAUUACAUUCACAGCUCCAUCAGGUGCAAAACGAACUUUUGGCUCCAGUGCCUGAAGGAUGCCAAAGGAUCAUCAUUUCAACCGACAUAGCCGAGUCAUCUCUCACUAUCCCCGACGUCAGGCAUGUCAUUGAUUCAGGGAAGAACAACCGCGCGGACUAUGACUCUGGGGAACAAGUUCACGAAAUUGCGCCUCGUUGGAUCAGCAAGGCCUCUGCACUACAGCGUGCAGGGCGAGCGGGCAGAACCCAGAACGGGAAUUAUUAUUUCCUGGGAUCUUCAAAGCGUUUCCAUGCCCUGAAUCAGACGAACAGUUCGGAGCUGACGCGCUCUACGCUCGAACUUCUCUGCCUUAAUCUAAGGAGAAUCAUGCCUGAUCCAUCGGUCUCCCUUUCUGAACUUUUUGCACAAACCCUCGAGCCACCCGAGGCGGGCAAAGUCAGGCUUGCAGUGGAACAGUUGCAGAACCUGCGAGCAUUGGACGAUAAAGAAGAGCUUACUAGUCUUGGUCGUAUUCUCGAACAACUAGCCAUGGACCCCGCCUCUGGAAAGAUGGUCCUUCUCGGUCUUAUAUUUAGAUGCCUGGAUCCUAUGCUGGUUCUUGCAAGUCUCGGUUCCGAAUCCCUUUUCCACCAACAAUUCGACGCAAAUCAGCGAGCUCGGGCAAACGCAACUCGCGUGAGACUCCAAGGAAAAAACCAAGCAAGAAGUGAUCAUAUAUUGAAUAUCCUUGCCUACAAUGAUAUCAGAACCACUUACCAAGAAAACGAGCAACGGCUCCUUGAAGAGAGGGAUUCUUCUCCGGUUGGGGCAGAUCGCAUGACCAGGGCAGAGGUGGAUGAGGAAGCCGCCCAGUUGACUGCUGAAUAUGCCCAUGCAGAUAUGCUCAAGUGGGGAAAAGCACGAGCUGCCUAUAUGAACGCCGUGUCAAUAAUGCGCAUGUUGAACGAAGCACGCCUUAGUGCAUUUCGCAAACCCCGCAUGUUCGGUGAAUUUGGCUACCCAGACCAGAACCGCAACUCCGACAACCAGAGUCUCAUCAAAGCGCUAUUAGUGCACUGCCUUUCGCCAAAUCUGGCCGUGAAGUAUGUUGGCACUAACAAUCUCGAAAUCAACCCCGGUGUUCGCCUCGCACAGUCCAUCAAGUCAACCGAGAAUCAGACAACGCUCUUUGCGUACACCCGCAAGGUGGCAAGGAAGUCCUUUGUGGAAAUACAAGAAGUGACUGAGGUCAGUCCCUUGUCUGCUUGCCUCUUAGCUCAAAAGUUGGAACCCAAGGACGGAAACAUUCUCGUGGACUCAUGGCUGGAGUUUGCGCUCAAAGGCGAAAGUGCAGACCAGGAGGAUAUUGUUGAAAGCUUGAUUCUAUUCCACGAAAAGCUAAACGCAACCCUUCAAACCGCAUUCGAAGUCCUUGGCUAUGAUCCCGUCAGUCACACUAAACUAGGCAGCCAGUGGAAUCGCAGGCGUCAAAAACUUUUCACCGAACUUGAGACUGCAGUGGAAGCCAUCGUCAGCCUGGAAACCCCACAAGAGCGUACCGUCGCACCACAGCACUGGACUGAUUCAACUUGA